GGAAUGAAAAAUAUUUCUCGUUUUUAUUAGGUCAUAUUGCUACUGAAAUUGCAAGGAUGUGCAAACAGUUGUUAGUAGUAUUAGUAUUCAGUAUUUCAAUCAAUCACUCUGAUUGAUGUAAACUACCACCUUCAUUUAUUUUUCACCCUUAUGCCCUCUUUGGGCGUUUUUGUACUUUUUUUUAAAUUUGUUGAUCAUUUUGGCUGGUUGGUCUUUUACUCUUACAUGUCUUUUAUGCUCUAUUGGUGCAUUACUACCAUUCUGUGACCUUCAUGUCAAAAAUGUCCACCAGCACAAAAACUGCUAUUAAAUCACCAUUAAACCCCCCCCCCAUACAUCUCUUAAACAAUUUCAGAUGAGCUCAGAACUACUAAACAUCCAAUCAUUUUUCAUAAUUUUAACCCUUUAUAUGCCAGUUUAUAUAUUUGAAUUAUUCCAUAAUUUCUUCCCCCCCAAAAAAAACACAAAAAAUAAUUAUUUUCCAUAUAAUUAAUAGUAGGGGGCUCAGGCUUUGGUGGUGAUUAGAGUCUUGGAUAUGUCAAAGAUUAGCAAAAAAAAAUAUUUGAUGGCAUUAGUAUUUUUGAUGUAGUAAUAGAUACUUCCUCUGGACACCCUCUUGGCCAAAAAAUACCUCAUAGACUUCCAUUCAAACCACAUUUUUUAAAAUCUCACUGUCAUUAUGGAAUACAACCAUGUAUUCUGUAAUUCAGCAUUUCAUUUUGAAGAAAAUUAGUGAUAUUUGAAAUUUUUACUGUAGUCUACCAAAUCUAACCUCUUUGAAGGCUUGUAUUUUUGCCAGUUAUAUCAUGGAGCUUUGUGACUACCAGGGGAUGCGAUGUGUGUGUGUGAUGUGUGUGUGUCUCUGUCCAGCAGGUCCUGCACCAUGUGACCUGGUGCUCUCAAGGAAUGUACCGGUUACACUUGUGCAGACGUUAGAAAACCAGCACAGCUACUGCUGGUUUGCAGCAGUAGCCAUGAUGAUGUCGGAGGUGUCUGCAGGGGCAGCAACAGGGAUCUGUAACUCCACCACCAGAGUAGCAGCAGCUGCUGUAGGGAGUGUGCUUUCUCUGCACGAUCUCUGAGGAAACCAUGGACUUCUGCAGCUCCUAUAAGAACAACCUCAGUCUGUGGCCUCGCCACUUUCAGACGAAGGGUCAGAGGCACUCACAGAAGUGAACGACGACAUUGAAAUUCUGUGAAUCUGUUAUCAUGCACUGAUUGAAAAGAUGUCCAGCAGCCUUUGGUUAAAGAAGAGGUCCCCUCUGAGUGGAGCCCCAGCCUGGACCAGGAGAACCCAGAGCUCCUCCAGAUUAAAGGGGAACAGGAAGAACUCCUGAUCAGUCCAGAGGGAGAGCAGCAUAAUGGUCUGGAGGAGGCUGAUUUCACCAGGUUCCCAUUCACUGUGCUUCUUGUGAAGUGUGAAGAUGAAGAAGAGAGACUUGAGUGUUCACUGCCUCAUCACAGCCAAGCAGAGGACAACAGAGAGGCAGAGCAUCCAGCCAGCAGCUCAGCUGUGAAGAUAAAAACAGAAACUGAUGGAGAGGAAUGUGGAGGAUCAGAACCAGCCAGGGUGAGACAGCCAGACAGUCAUUCACAACCACACACUGAUGAUGGAAAGACUUCCAACUCUUCUGAGAUUGGAAUCCAUUAUGCUGACUGGCUAGACCCUUUGUCUGAUUGUAAAGCUGAAACUGAAGACCAUGACCAUGAUGAUUGGAUGGACACCAGGUCACCUGAGUCUGCUGUGAAUGUUCUUAAAUAUGAGGAGGCUCCUGUAAGUUGUGUGACAUCCUUAAGCCUCACCAGUGGUUUGGAUAGUAAAAACUGUUAUAGAGUUGAGCUAAACCAAGACAAACAGACCAGAGGUCAAACAGAGGAGAAACCAUUUGAUUGUGAUGAUUGUGGGAAAAGAUUUACAUUACAGGCAAAUCUGAGGAGACACAUGGCAGUUCACACGGGAGAGAAACAAUUUGGUUGUGAUGUUUGUGAGCAAAGAUUUAUAUAUCAGGAAAGUCUGAAGAGACACAUGACAGUUCACACAGGAGAGAAACCAUUUGCUUGUGAUGAUUGUGGGAAAAGAUAUACUCAGCAGGGAGCUCUGAAGAGACACAUGAGAAGUCACACGGGAGUGAAACCAUUUAGUUGUGAUGAUUGUGGGGAAAAAUUUACACAACGAGGGCAUCUGAAGAGACACAUGAUAGUGCACACAGGAGAGAAACCCUUUGGUUGUGAUCAAUGUGGGAAAAGAUAUACACAGCAGGGAAAUUUAAAACAACACAUGAGAAUUCACACAGGAGAGAAACCAUUUGGUUGUGAUGAUUGUGGGGAAAGAUUUGCAUAUCAGGAAACUUUGAAGAGACACAUGAUAGGUCACGCAGGAGAGAAACCUUUUGAUUGUGAUGAUUGUGGGAAAAGAUAUACACAGCAGGGAUAUCUGAAGAGACACAUGAGAAUUCACACAGGAGUGAAACCAUUUGGUUGUGAUGAUUGUGGGGAAAAAUUUACACAACAGUGGCAUUUGAAGAGACACAUGAUAGGUCACACAGGAGAGAAACCAUUUGGUUGUGAUCAUUGUGGAAAAAGAUAUACACAGAAGGCAGAUCUGAAGAGACACAUGAGAAUACACACAGAAGAGAAAUAAUUUGGUUGUGAUGAUUGUGGAAAAAUAUAUACCCAGCAGGGAGAUCUGAAGAGACACAUGAGAGUUCAAACAGGUGAGAAACCAUUUGGUUGGUAUGACUGUGGGGAAAUAUUUACAGAAAAGGAAGAUUUGAAGAGACACAGAAGACUUCACACAGGAGAGAAACCAUUUGUGUUGUGAUGACUGUGGGAAAAUAUUUUAAUGGAAAACAAUUUUCAAUCAACAUCUGAAAGUCCACAAUGAAUAAAAACCUUUCUAUUCAGUUUUUUGCUUAAGGCAAAUUAAGUAAAUGUGUUGUUAAGAGCCUGAGCAGGCCUUCUUUCAUUGUUUCAUGUUUUAUUUUUCUUGUGUUUGUGUCAAAGUUGUUUAUAAAUGAGAAGGAAGGAAACAAUGUUUUUAACUCUCUUUUAAAAAAAAUGAAUACUCUGUUUGGUACUAAAACACUUUCAUUUACACCUCCCAUAUUUUCUUCUGUACUUUUCUUGAAAUGAGAUGUAUGUGACUAUAAACUCCCGAACUGAUUGUUAUAAGUUGGAAAGUGCAUUAUUUAGUUACCACUUUUAAAUAAAUUCUACUGUAACCUA